AUGGCGAGCAGCAGUGGACCCGAGGCCGAUUUCCUUGUCGGAGGGAGAUAUAAACUGGUACGGGAGAUCGGGUGUGGCUCUUUUGGGCACGUUUAUUUGGCGAUAGACCUCACCAACCAUGAGGAGGUAGCCGUAAAACUAGAACCACAGAAUGUGAAACAUCCCCAGUUGUUACACGAGAGGGAACGCUAUAAUAUCCUUCAAGGUGGGGUUGGCAUCCCCCAGAUACGGUGGUAUGGUCAGGAAAUGGACCAUAAUGUGCUGGUCAUGGAUCUUCUGGGACCCAGCCUUGAAGACCUCUUCAAUUUCUGUUCAAGAAGGUUCACAAUGAAAACUGUACUUAUGUUAGCUGAUCAGAUGAUCAGUAGAAUCGAAUAUGUGCAUAGGCAGAAUCUUAUACACAGAGACAUUAAACCAGAUAACUUCCUGAUAGGUACUGGGCAGCAGUGGAAGAAGUUAUUCCUUAUUGAUUUUGGUUUGGCCAAGAGGUACAGAGACAAGAAGACAGGGCAACACAUACCCUACAGAUCCGGUAAAGGUUUCACUGGCACGCCUUCCUAUGCCAGCCUCAGUGCCCAUCUUGGUACGGAACAGAGUCGCCGAGAUGACAUGGAAUCAUUAGGAUACGUUUUGAUGUAUUUUAACAGAGCCAGCCUGCCAUGGCAAGGACUAAAGGGUGCAACAAUGAAGCAAAAAUGUGAAAAGAUUAGCGAAAUGAAGAUGACCACACCUGUUGAUGUUUUAUGUCAGGGAUUUCCUGUAGAAUUUGCCAUAUACUUAAAGUAUUGUCUCGGGCUGUCCUUUGAGGAAGCCCCGGAUUACACGUACCUGAGGCAGCUCUUCCGCAUUCUUUUCAGGACCCUGAAUUACCAACAUGACUAUGCAUUUGAUUGGAUAGUGUUAAAGCAGAAAGCAGAACAGCAGGCUGCCUCUUCAAGUGGGCAGGGUCAGCAGGCCCAAACCCCCACAGGCAAAAGUGACAAAACCAAAAGUGAAAUGAAACAUUCUUAA